GCUCCGCCUGAAAAUUACAUCGGUCCGAGCACGUAUAAAUACCGUUACAUACGCAUUACGGUUGCAUGUGAAGGUCGAGCAGAUAGAAUGGGGCAUUGUUUCUCGCGGGCCGAGGCGGCGAAGCGCCGGCCGCCGAAACGAACUGCGAGCCGUCCACCGCCGGCCGGGGGAGGGAGAAACCCGUCGUAUAGGAAUCGGUCGUCGUCCAGGAAGAGAGACGUCGUGUUUCAGGAACAUGAGCUCGCGGCCGCCAUUCUCUUCCACCAGAAGUUGCAGAACGGUGACGGCAGCGGUUACGAUGCCGGCUCUGAUCGUGCCGCAUUGGCUCUGUCUCAUCGGCUCUCGAAAUCGAAGAGGAGUCAUCAGACGUUUCCUCGGAGUUCGAGCUCCACGGCUCGUUCCCUUGAUCCUCUGCUUCCGCCUCAUCAGCUCAGUAAUGAGCAGGAUGUGAAUAUUGAUGAUUUGGAGACCAAUCAUUUUGUUCUCGUUCAUGGGGGAGGUUUUGGGGCUUGGUGCUGGUAUAAAACCAUUUCACUUCUACAAGAAGCUGGGUUUAGAGCUACAGCACUAGACUUAACUGGUUCAGGAAUUCAUUCUUUUGACACAAAUAGCGUAACCAGUAUGUCGCAGUAUGUCAAGCCACUUACUGAUUUUCUCGAACAACUAGCUGUUGGAGAGAAGGUGAUUUUGGUUGGACAUGAUUUUGGUGGUGCUUGUAUAUCAUAUGCAAUGGAGCUUUUCUCCUCUAAAGUCUCAAGAGCGGUUUUCAUUGCUGCUGCUAUGUUGAGCAGUGGACAGAGUACCCUUGAUAUGUUCUCCCAAAAUACGAAUUCUAAUGAUCUAAUGAGGCAGGCUCAAAUAUUCAUUUAUGCUAAUUGCAAUAAUAAUUCACCAACUGCCAUCAACUUGGACAAAUCACUCUUGAAGGACUUGUUAUUUAACCAAAGUCCUGCUAAGGAUAUUGCUUUGGCAUCUGUGUCAAUGCGACCAAUUCCCUUUUCCCCAAUACUGGAGAAGCUUACCCUAUCAGAUGAGAAGUACGGCUCAAUCAAACGCUUCUAUGUUGAAACUCCAGAAGAUAAUGCUAUCCCCAUUGCCUUGCAGCAGAGCAUGAUUGACCAAAAUCCUCCACAAAAAGUUUAUCAUCUCAAAGGUGCAGACCACUCCCCAUUCUUCUCCAAGCCUCAAUCCCUCCACAAAAUAUUGCUAGAAAUCUCAAGAAUCCCUUCAAAAACAUCAUGACAGAGGAAAAGGUACAUUUGAUUUUCCAUUUCCACUGGUCUAAAGCUCCCAGAAAAGUACCCUUCAACCGAUACCAUACAAUCAAAUUGAUAUAUUGCCAACUUGCUAAAGUGGGAAUUUUUUUUUCUAAAUUAUCUUUAGUGGGAGUGGCUGGCCAAUCGUGCAAUACCAUGUGGGCCAACAAAAGUUUGCUAAUUUCAUUUUGAGCAUGAGAUUAGUAAAGUAGGAUAGCAACCAAGCUUUAUUGGUACAGAGAUUGCAAUGUUGUAACCCCUCAUAAUGUGCAUUUUGCAAUGAUUAAACUCUUUGACACUUA